CUGAACAGAUUUCUGACAGAAAAGUAAGAAAAAGUAAAGAGAGAGAAACUUUUUUUUUUUUUUGGACCAACCAUGAUGUUUCCCUGCAGCGCUCUGCCGCCUCCUCUCUACCCGGGUUUACUGCGUCCCCAGGCGGCUCUCUCCUCGCCUCUGACCCGGUCACUCCCCUCGGGUUUUUUAGUGGAAGAUCUUCUCCGAAUCAGCCAGCCUACAUACAGCUACAUACACAGGACUUUCUCCUCCAGAAGCCCCGGGGACAUCCUGUCGCUCAGCCCGGGGCCGGGUGCCUCUCCCCGGGCGUCAGGACUCAACACAGAGCGGUCUGUGCUGCAGAGCUCCGGCCAGCAGAGCCGCAGCAGCUCCGGCUCCCCGCACACCUCCUGCCCGGACUCCAGCUACCUCAAGUUCGGCGUCAGUGCCAUUCUUGCCCCGUCCACACGGAGCGCUUGCUCCUCUACUCCAGUCCACAGUUUGCACACUAAAGCUUUGCCUCUACCUUUCUUUGAUGCAAGUCUCCAUCCUUUCAUCAGAGCUUCAUGUUUCACAGCCUCCUCUUCUGUGGUUCCUGUCCCGGGGACGUUUUCGUGGCCCCUGGCCCCCAGAGGGAAGCCCAGGAGGGGCAUGCUACGGCGGGCCGUGUUCUCUGACCUGCAGAGGAAGGCUCUGGAGAGAACCUUCCAGAAGCAGAAGUACAUCAGCAAACCAGACAGGAAGAAGCUGGCCAGUAAGCUGGGACUCAAAGACUCACAGGUGAAGAUCUGGUUUCAGAACCGUAGGAUGAAGUGGAGGAACUGUAAGGAGAGAGAGCUGCUGUCCACAGGGGGCUGCCGCCAGCAGACCCUCCCCACCAAAACCAACCCCCACCCCGACCUCACCGACGUGGGCAGCGCCUACUGCCACGCGCUGGACACGACCGCACCAGGCAGCCAAGAACAGCCGGAAAGCCCGGAGUCACAUAUUCACAACCACCACCAGCACCAUCAUCAUCAUCAUCACCAUCACCAUCACAGUCCUUCCUCUCCAUCAGAGUCCAGUAAACAGUCGGAGCUGUCGGAGUCAGACGGAGAAGAGAUCACGGUUUCAUAAGAGCUUCAUUAAACAGCAGCGUGUCACUCUGCUCUGUAAACAGCUGUGUUUUAUCAGCAUCUCUCCUCAGUGCCAUAAAUGUGUACAGUGUGUGUAUAUGACUUUUAUAUGUAGUUCAGUAUAUUAUGUACACAGUAUAAAACAUAUACUGAGCUGGUUUAGAUUUGGAAUAUUUGUAGAUUUGAAAUGUUUAAAACUUUUAAAUAUAUAAUGACUCUUUCAAUGCAUAUUUGUAUUCUUUAUUUUCUCAAAUAAAUGUUGG